AUGUCUGACCCUGACCGCGGUUGCCUCGGCUUCAAAACUAUCUGGAACGCGAACGCCCUUAUACCCAUUCCAGAGGGGCUACACUCUGGUGAUGCUGCGGCACUGAUGUGUGGGGGUGCUACUGUCUGGACUGUGCUUAGUCGUUACGGAAUGCAGCCUGGGGAUCGAGUUGGAGUAUUAGGCAUCGGCGGCAUGGGGCAUCUGGCCAUCAAAAUGGCAGCUGCGAUGGGAUAUCAUGUUGUUGCUUUCUCCGGAUCGGGGUCCAAGAAGGCGGACUGCUUAGCCUUCGGGGCUAAGGAAUACUAUCUGACUAACGGCGAAUCAAUGGAAGAUAUGGAGCCACUGAAGCACCUUCUCUUGUGCGGUUCCAGCUCGGAAGAUUAUACGUUCAUUCUUUCUCUUCUGGCGGUACAUGGAACAGUGUAUCCAUUGACAGUCUCUCUUCAACCGGCUACCAUUCGAACGAUCAUGCUGAUCAACAAGGGCCUUCGAAUCCAAGGUUCUUUGGUCGCAUCCCGUGAGGACCUAGCCAAGAUGCUGCAGUUUUGUGCGGACAAGGGAGUGCGACCUGCUACAAGCAAUUUUAGCCUUACUUCUACAGAGGAGGUCAACCAGGCCAUGGAAAGCCUGCAGCGUAACACGGUUCGCUACAAGGCAUUGCUUGUCGCAGAUGAAAAUCUACUGAAGCUCUGA